AUGGCCGGCGCCGGGCGGCGACGGCGGGAUGUGGCGAAAUCCCCGCGCUUCCCGCCGCUCUGGAGUCCCAAGCCGAAGAAGAACGGCUACUUCCCGGCUGGGAAGAGGGAGCCAGAGGAGUUUGGGGCAGACUGGGCCGGCCAGAUCCUGGCGCGCGACUGCGCGAAGCCCCCACCGAGGCGGCUGAACGAGGCGGAGCGUCUGCGGCGGCUGGUGCAAGGGGCCAUGGAGCGUCAGGGACUCUCGGGGCGACUGGCUGAGUUGUUGCAUGAGCCAGGGACACACCAGGCCGCUAUGGACUUCGGCCAGAGCUGCCUCAUGAGCCUGGCCCUGUGGCACCGCUUCGGAUCCGCGGAGUACGCGGAGCGAAUGGGUUGGCUGGAGCGUACCGACUACGCAGCCAUGGUGGCCACCCUGCCCACGAGGGCCGUUGAGGCUGCCAUCAGCUUGUGGCGAUCCGGCCAGCACGCCGCAGGCGUCGACACCACGCAGCAGCGGAGCGUGCGGCAGAUUGAGCUGCGAGCCUGGGCUAUGGGGAAUGCCCGGCAAGAGGCAGAGGAGGAGCUCAGAGCCGCGGAGGAUGCCGCGAAGAUCUCAAGCUCCACCUCUCACUUGGAGGUCCUGCGCGCCUGUCGAGCACAACGGGCGCAGUCGGCCGGUGAAGUGCUGGUGCGGAAAGCCUACGAAAGGCUCACCGUGGGCCCCAGCAACUCCUUGUGGGACCUCUGGCGCAAGAGGGAGGCGAUCCUGAGCACGGCGCUGGAGGGCGCAGGCUUCGGACCCCUGCGAGAAGCUUUGCGCACGGUGCGUGGGUACUGUGGCCCAGACAUGGACCACGAAAAUGCUGCCUGGACGCUGACCGUAGACCUCCUCACCAUCACUCCUCUGACGGAGAACGCAGGCCCAGUGACUUGGCACGGCGACUACGCCGCCUUCCUCCGAAAGCGCUGUCUGGAGAAGAACCGGGCGCCGGCUGGCAGCUGCUCCCGCACUCCACCGUGGGACCCGGACGUGCCGAGGAAGCCCCGGGGGCGUCCGGCCACGGCGCUCCCGGGCUCCUAUGAGCCAGAUCUCAUCGGACUGGCCUGA